UUAAAUGUCUCCCAAGCGGAGGGAUGGAGAAAAGGUCUGAGCAGACUCAGCUAGGAGACGGCACCGGCCAGCCCCGCGAACUCGCCAGUGCGUCCUCAAUGCAGCGAGACAUGCUCCGUGCCGCCAGCUGAGGGAUGGCCGCUUGCUGUGUCCUGCUGAUGGCCGGGGACAGGCUGCUCCAGCCGCCGGUAGCGAUCCCGUUCUCCUGCUGCUGCUGUCCGAGGUGCUGAAGGCUCAGCCUGCCUCUCCGUACUGGAUCCUGCCUGUGAGGAGCUCCCGAGAGGAAAGGCCAGUUUGAUUCUCGCACUGGGAGAGCACUGGGCAGGCGUGCGGAUACUGGUCACACUGGUGCAUACUGUAUAUAUGUCUGUGUGUGUGGGAAGAGCAGCGUGGGAAGCAGAUCGUUGUCAAGAAGGACAUGAUUGGAAUAAGCAUUGGGCUGGGUUCCUAGUGUUUCCUCCAAGUACGAGACGCUGGGAGAAAGCAGCACAUGAAGACGCUUUAGUUUUCCCGGAGAUACGUUUUUUAAUACACAUGUUUGAUUUUUUAUUACGCUGAGUUAUAUAAACUUAUCCUCGGUACGGUGAUCCCCCCCCCCCAUCUUCUUCUUCUUCUUUGGGAAAUCUAUCGUUGGAUUUAAAAGCCAGGCUCUUCAUCUCUCCAUGUGGCCCCUGAUCUGACGCGGGGCCGCGGAGAUCGACCGUGCUGGAAAACACUCUGUAGAAAGAAAAGCCGAGCGUUCCUAAUGUUUGCAAGAAGUGACCUCUGCAACUAGUUUUCGUUAGUUCAGCUCCUGUGAAAAUCGCUAUCUGGGCAAAAUGGGAGAGCAACCCAUCUUUAGCACCAGAGCCCAUGUCUUCCAAAUUGAUCCAAACACAAAGAAGAACUGGGUUCCUACCAGCAAACAUGCAGUUACUGUGUCCUAUUUCUACGAUAGCACAAGGAAUGUCUACAGGAUAAUUAGUCUGGACGGAUCGAAGGCAAUAAUAAAUAGCACCAUCAGUCCAAACAUGACGUUCACUAAAACAUCUCAGAAGUUUGGGCAAUGGGCAGACAGCCGAGCAAACACGGUCUAUGGCCUGGGAUUCUCCUCAGAACAUCAUCUCACAAAGUUUGCUGAAAAAUUUCAGGAAUUUAAAGAAGCUGCGCGGCUAGCAAAGGAGAAGUCUCAAGAAAAAAUGGAGCUUACGAGUACGCCUUCACAGGAAUCGGCUGGAGGGGACAUCCAAUCUCCUUUAACGCCAGAAAGUAUCAAUGGAACAGAUGAUGAACGAACCACUCCAGAAGUAACGCAAAACUCUGAACCAAGGGCUGAACCUACGCAGAAUGCAUUACCAUUUACACAUAGUUCUGCCAUCAACAAGCACUGGGAAGCAGAACUGGCUACGCUAAAAGGAAACAAUGCCAAGCUCACAGCAGCCUUGCUGGAGUCUACUGCCAAUGUGAAACAAUGGAAACAACAGCUUGCUGCGUAUCAGGAGGAAGCAGAGCGUCUCCACAAACGGGUGAGUGAAUUGGAGUGUCUAAGCAGUCAAGCCAACGCAGUUCAAACACAUAAAACGGAAUUAAAUCAGACCAUACAAGAAUUGGAAUCUACUCUGAAAAAGAAAGAAGAGGAAAUAGAAAGAAUGAAAGAAGAAAUUGAACAUGCAAAAGAGCUACAAGAUCAGAGAGAUUCCGUGAGCCAAAAAUUAGAGGAGGUUGAAACGCGGAACAAAGAUCUGGAAGGGCAGCUGACGGAUUUCGAGCAACGCUUGGAGAAAAGUCAGAACGAGCAAGAAGAAUUUCGCAAUAACUUGAAGACGCUUUUAGAAAUCUUGGAUGGCAAAAUCUUCGAACUCACUGAAUUGCGAGACAGCCUCGCCAAGUUGAUAGAGUGCAGCUAGAAACCCCUUUUAAAGAUGCACUGUCUCUCUUCACGGCACGAAUACGGGCUCUGCAUCCGAGUUGCACAAAACCAGAAUGGGGGGGCGAAAAAAACUCCUUUCAGAGUCUAUUUGCAAAUUUCCCAGUUGGCUGAAGUGUGAAAUUGAGACUUGCUUUAUUAGCUAACAGAGAGGAAAUUAAAAUAAAACUUGAAUUACAAAUUACCUCCUAUUCCCUUAUUGGCCAUAAAUGAACUUUAACACAUUCAGUGCCAGCUCUUCUUACAUGGUGGCCCUCAAUGUAGAUGGUUAUUUAUAGACGUUUGAAUCAAUCCACCUCUGGUUUGCUAACUGAUUUCAAAUUAGCCACCAGUGGAUUUUGUUAGACCUAAAAUGUAAACAUUUUGGUUUCUUUAAAA